AUGCACCUGUUGAUCGAGGAGAACUUUACUUGUUUGAUAAUGAGCAAAGUUGCUGAGAUGAAGUGUGAUACUCUUGUUUUUGAGGACGACAUUAAGGCAGAGGAGAGGAGCAGGCUGAGCUGUGUGGAUUUGCCUCAGAGCAGUUUACCAGACGGGCAGAACGCAGACCUGCUGAGGUGCCAGGAGACCAACGGGGACAUUUCUCCCAUCAGAAGAUACGGGUCUCGUUUGGGUGGGGUCAAAGUUCGCCACAAGAGACAGGUGCUGCAGGACAUGGCCCGGCCGCUCAAACAUUGGCUGUACAAACACCGGGACAACCCCUACCCCACCAAGACGGAGAAGGUCCUGCUGGCUCUGGGCUCUCACAUGACUCUAGUACAGGUUUCCAACUGGUUUGCAAACGCCCGGCGGAGGCUGAAGAACACAGUGAGACAGCCAGACCUGAGCUGGGCCCUGAGGAUCAAACUGUACAAUAAAUACAUCCAGGGAAACGCUGAGAGACUGAGCGUGUGCAGCGAUAACUCAGAAUCAGACGAUGAACACUGUCCCUUACAAACUCCCAUCGGCCAAUCAGACUUUGGCAGGUCCCACAAGAGUGUGCUCGAGAAGCAGUGCGGCGUCCUCGCCAUGGCGGACUCUGCCAACAGUGACGACAGCGCUUCACCUCCAUCCAAGUACAAGAGCAGUUUGCUGAACCGCUACCUGAACGACACCCUGAGACACAUGAUGGCGGGGGAGGCCAAUGGCGUUGCUCCAGCCCGCAAGAGGAGGAGCCACUCCGAGUUGUUCAGCUCCAACGAGUGCGAUCGAGAUGUUGUCUCUCCGGCGUCAUCGUACGAAACGGAGGCCAACUUCGUCUACCACAUGG